AUGGAUCCUCGAAAUAGUGGCUGCCCGGACACCGUGAUGGGUCAGAAGUGUGAAUUUGAAGUGAAUGGUCAACGGGUUACUUCUCCUAGCAAACCUAUAUCUUGGAGGUGUAGACGACUGGCAGAUCACGCCCUCGUCCUAGCUGUUUGUAGUGGAGUUGUGAUUGGUUUCGGACUCGGAUUCGCACUCCGGCAAUUGAAACUUUCGGAGGAUGUUCUGAUGUGGAUAGGAUUACCAGGUGACAUCUUCAUGAGACUUCUAAAGGUCACAAUACUACCAGUCAUUGUGUGUAGCAUCAUUCAUGGUACUGCCACGAUAGAUCCACGCUCACACGGCCGAAUUAGUUUGAUGGCCUUUGGUUUCGUCUUACUGUCUAACUCUGUGGGAGCCUUAACAGGGAUUGUAUGUCACUAUAUCUUCAGGUCAGGUGAAGUAAUGCUAACUGAGGGUGAAACACAGUAUAAAAGUAUCAGCACAGCAAUACAGACACAUGAUAUGUUCGCCGAUCUAAUCAGGAACGUUGUUCCAGACAAUAUAUUGACGGCUUGUUUUCAAAAGACACAGACCAGAUACAUUGCCACAACCGAGGUUAAUUCGACUAGCACAACUCUAUCUCGGUCCAUUGGCACAGCGCCUGGUACAAAUGUUCUAGGUAUUCUGUUUCUCUCAACUAUUAUUGGUAUGGCUGCAAGUAAGAUGGGCGAAAAAGGAAAGAUUGUUGUCGACUUAUUCGAGGCCUUCUCAACUAUUUUUAUCAAAAUCCUUACAUGGUUUAUGUGGUCAACUCCUGUGGGCGUGGCUAGUCUCAUCGCUGUAUCGAUAGCCCGAGUGACUGAUAUUGUGGACACGUUCAGUAGCCUUGGUCUCCUGGUGGCAGCCUUCUUGGUUGGGAUUCUUUUCCAUCAGCUCGUCUUGCUUCCCGCCGCACUGUUUAUAAUCUUCAGGAUUAAACCUUGGUAUUUCUAUCUCAAAGCAGCAAAGGCUUGGAUGGCAGUUUUCGCCCCACCUAGUUCAGCUAUCGGGAUUCCUGAGAUCAUCCGACUUUCCGAGGAAGAUUUCCACGUAGACAAGAGAGUAUCAAGGUUUACAGUUCCUUUCGGAGCCGCGGAGAGUCGAAUUGGCAGUACGCACUUCAUCUCACUUUCCGUUCUUUUCUUGGCUUCGGUACAGGGUGUCAGUCUCAACUCCCUACAAGUUUUCAUUAUUUGGAUUCUGUGCUCGUUGUCUUCCUUGGCUGUUCCCGCUGUUCCCAGCUCUUCCCUGGUCGUAGUCCUCAUCAUUUUGACAUCCUUAGAUGUCGAUGGUGACGCCAUGGGUAUUCUCUUUACAAUUGAAUGGUUUACGGACAGAUUAAGAACUAGCAGCAAUGCCAUGGCGAGUAUCCUUUGUACGAUGACAGUAGAUAAACUGUGUAAAGGAAAAUUAGAAAAGGUUACUUCCGAUGACGCAAUAGUAUCUGACAGAAAUGGUGACGACGACAAUCCAGAUGGCGAAGACACAGAUGACGCAAAUUCUAUUUUAUUAAAAAUUCCGUAG